AUGGAUACCAUUCGUUUGUCGAUCGAUGCACUCAAUGCUUACAUUGGUGCGUCGACAUUCGGACGAGUCUUUCGCCUUGAAGGCUCAGGACAUGAGAAAGAGAUCCCGAAUACCAAAUUCACUUCCGAGCUUCGUGCAGGCCUCACGACUUUCUUUACCAUGUCCUAUAUUAUUGCUGUCAACGCUUCUAUCAUUUCCGACACAGGCGGCAACUGUGUGUGCACCGACACCACGGAUCCGUUCUGCUUGCAAGACGAGGAGUAUCUGAUUUGCAAACAGGACCUUAAUCGCUCUCUUAUUACAGCUACUGCAGCCAUUGCAGGUCUCAGUUCUUUUCUAUUCGGAAUGCUCACCAACAUGCCAGUGUGCCUCGCGCCUGGUAUGGGAAUAAACGCUUAUUUCGCCUACCAAGUCGUAGGCUAUCAUGGAGACGGCAUCAUUUCCUACAAUCUUGCACUUACAGCUGUUUUCCUCGAAGGUUUUGUUUUCAUGUUCCUGUCACUUAUCGGCAUGCGACAGUGGCUUGUUCGAGUCAUUCCUGUCUCACUAAAGAUCGCCGCCGCAUGCGGUAUUGGGCUCCUACUCGCACUGAUUGGUCUGUCCGACUCGGUAGGUAUUGGUGCCGUGAGCGGCGCCAAAACCACUCCUCUUCAGAUUUCAGGCUGUGCGGACCAGUACGAAGACGACAACGGUUUCUGUACGAGCCACAAGAUGUCUUCGCCAAAGGUGUGGAUCGGCAUCACGUGUGGGGGUAUCUUCACUGCGUAUCUCAUGUCCUACAAAGUCAAGAGCGCCAUGAUUAUCGGUAUCGCUCUCGUAUCCAUUAUCUCAUGGCCUCGAAAUACUGCUAUGACCUUUUUCCCUGACACGCCCAUUGGGGACGAUCGCUGGCAAUUCUUCAAACAGGUUAUCGAAUUCCACCCAAUGAGCAAAACUCUCAACGUUCUGGAUUGGGACGUCUCCAAAGAUUCCGCACAGUUCGCAGCCGCGUUAUUUACGUUUCUCUAUGUUGACAUUAUCGACUGCACCGCUACGCUUUAUAGUAUGGCGCGCUUCUGCGGCGUUGUGGAUCCGGAGACGGGUGAUUUUCCCCGAUCGACCCUGGCUUACUGCACCGAUGCGUUCUGCAUCUCUAUUGGUGCGCUCUUUGGUACCUCUCCGGUCACAGUGUUUAUCGAGUCUGGGGCUGGCAUUGUGGAGGGCGGCAAAACCGGGUUAACCGCAAUGAUGGGCGGUCUUUGUUUUCUUAUCUCCAUGUUCUUUGCGCCUUUGUUUGCUUCAAUUCCACCAUGGGCGACUGGAUGUACCUUGAUCAUCGUCGGCUGCUUGAUGAUGCGCCAGAUAGUCAACAUCAACUGGCGCUACAUUGGUGAUGCUCUUCCUGCGUUUGUCACCAUCAUGUUCAUCCCAUUCGGGUAUAGCAUAGCGUACGGUCUUAUAGCCGGCCUUAUGACGUACACCGCUAUCAAUGGCAUGAUUUACAUCACCAAGCUACUAACCUGUGGACGCAUUGUACCUGAUGACGAGGAUUACCGCGAGUACUGGACUAUCAAGCCGCGAAGUAGGUUGCCUUGGUUCGUCACGGCUGGCCAAUCACUGGCAAACCACGUCAAAGAAGGAGGUGAUCGCAAGUCGAGAGGGACCUCUGUCAAGAGCGGUCAGUCGGCGUGGAAGUACGAAAACCGCAUCACUUCAGUUGGAUCGGAGCGAGAAAUGGACACGGUGCUGGUGAGCCCCACUGACCCAGGAUCCAAAAAGGUUUUCACAAAGUCGUGA